AUGGGACUGAAGGUUGAUGGUCGAAAGCUACAUUUUUUGCGCUUUGCUGAUGACAUAGUUCUGAUAACACCUAGCAUCAGUCAAGCGGAACGAAUGCUGAACGGAUUGGACAAAACAUGUGGAUGCAUCGUUCUUCAGGUGAAUCUGCAAAAGAUGAUGUUCAUGCGCACCGGAUGGGUCUCGGAUGCUCCAUUCACGCUCUACGAAAUGAACACAUCCGAAUGCACCAGCUACGUUUAUCUGGGUCGGGAGUUGAAAAUGAUGAACGACCUGAUCCCCGAGCUGGGCAGAAGGAGACUAGCCGCUUGGGGAGCGCAUAAGAGCAUCGAGGAUAUAGUGAAGAAGACGAAGAGCACCUGGCUCCGUGUUCACCUCUUCAACACCACCGUACUUCGUGCUUUGACCUAA